AAUAAAGAAAAGCUUCAUAUGAAGCUCUUUAUAAAAGCAUGACAAAGGCAUGUCAUUGUGGAACCACCAUUAACAACGUAGGAGAAAGAAAAAAUAAACCAUUGAUCAUAUGCAACUAAACACACACAUAUACUAUAUAUAUUAGUGAUAAAAAAACAUUGUAUUUUAACUUCCAAAACCAACAUGGCAAACAAUAAGGGUUACUUUGCAAGAAGAAACCACCUCUUUCUUUCUGGUGAUAGAGACUCUUCUCUAACGGAUUCAGAUACCAUGUUUGAAUUUGAAGAAUCAGACAUUUACAAUUCCAAUCAUGCUAACUCCAUAGAGUUUCGCAAAUCUAUUCAUGGCUCUCGCUUGGCCAAGAAACCAUCUUCACCGAAGCAGAAGCAAAUGGACGCUGGAGUAGCUCCAGCGUCCAUGCCAGUAAAGAUCCCCGACUGGUCUAAGAUCCUCGGGGAUGAGUACAAAAAUAACUAUACCAAGAGAAAUUACGUGGAAGAAGAGGAUGAAGACGACGAUGAGUGGUUACCACCACAUGAAUUUUUGGCGAGGACAAGAGUGGCUUCUUUCUCUGUACACGAAGGUGUUGGAAGGACUCUCAAGGGAAGAGAUCUUAGCAGGCUUAGAAAUGCAAUAUGGGCAAAAACUGGGUUCCAAUAAUUUUACCAUUUUUCUGUGUUUUUUUGCUUUUAUUUUUGGUGGGUGAGCACAUUACGUUCGUAUAAUAUAUAGUAUGUGUUUACUAUAAGUGAAAUAUAUCUAUCAUUUACUCAAAAAAUAAGUGAAAUCUAUUAUUUACGUUUGUAUUGAGAUUGAGAUGAUUAACAUGUAUGAGGUUGCGGAUAUUGAUUUGAAACCUGGUGUUUGUAUUGAUGUCCAUAUCCUCAUGAAGAAUUAAGGAUUUUUUCAUCAA